AUGGCCGGCGAGGGCGACCCACCGCCCGACCUCAAUAACCGGCAGGGCGAGGGUAGUGCGAGUGCGAGUUUUCUUCGAGCCGCUCGUGCCGGAAAUCUCGACAAGGUGUUGGAACUGUUGCGCGGCGGGACCGACAUCAACACAUGCAAUGCCAACGGUCUGAAUGCUUUGCAUCUAGCAUCGAAAGAGGGUCACAGCGAGGUCGUACGAGAAUUACUCAAGCGGGGCGCUCAUGUCGACUCUGCUACCAAGAAGGGCAACACCGCUCUGCACAUCUCUUCACUAGCUGGUCAAUCACUAAUAGUCACAAUACUUGUCGAAAAUGGAGCUAAUGUCAAUGUUCAAUCACUCAACGGGUUUACACCGUUAUAUAUGGCUGCACAGGAGAAUCACGAAGAUGUGGUCCGAUUCCUCCUUUCACAUGGCGCUAAUCAAGCGCUUUCCACUGAGGAUGGUUUCACUCCACUAGCGGUUGCACUACAGCAAGGUCAUGAUCGAGUCGUCGCAGUGCUUCUCGAAAAUGAUGCCCGUGGGAAAGUCCGUCUACCGGCUCUCCAUAUCGCAGCCAAGAAGGACGACAUCCGUGCGGCAACGUUACUGCUCCAGAACGAGCAUAACGCUGAUGUCACAUCGAAAUCAGGAUUUACACCGUUGCACAUUGCUGCUCAUUAUGGUAACGAAAAUGUCGCACAGCUUCUUAUCGAUAAAGGCGCUAACGUUAACUAUCAAGCACGACAUAACAUCAGCCCACUUCAUGUUGCCACAAAGUGGGGUCGGACGAAUAUGGUUGAACUGCUUCUUAAGCAUGGGGCAAUUAUCGACUCACGAACACGAGAUCUACUUACACCUCUUCACUGCGCUUCCCGAAGUGGACACGAUCAAGUAGUCGAUCUUUUACUCGAAAAAGGUGCCCCGAUCAGCGCCAAAACGAAGAAUGGAUUGGCUCCGUUACACAUGGCUGCUCAAGGUGAUCACGUUGAUUCCGCGAGAAUUCUGCUCUAUCAUCGAGCUCCAGUCGACGAUGUCACGGUGGACUAUUUAACACCAUUGCACGUAGCAGCUCAUUGCGGACACGUCAGAGUUGCCAAACUACUCUUGGAUAGAAACGCGGAUCCAAAUGCACGUGCGUUGAACGGAUUCACACCGUUACAUAUAGCGUGUAAGAAGAACAGGAUAAAGGUUGUGGAAUUACUACUCAAAUAUCAUGCAUCAAUUGAAGCUACUACAGAAUCUGGCCUAUCACCACUUCAUGUCGCUUCUUUCAUGGGAGCUAUCAAUAUCGUCAUUUACCUACUUCAGCAGGGUGCAAAUCCGGAUGUGGCAACUGUCCGCGGUGAAACACCCCUGCAUCUGGCAGCACGUGCAAAUCAGACAGACGUUGUACGUGUUCUCAUCAGGAACGGAGCCAAGGUGGAUGCGCAAGCUCGAGAACUUCAAACACCAUUGCAUAUUGCAAGUCGAUUGGGUAACACUGAUAUUGUCGUCCUGCUGCUUCAAGCGGGAGCGAACCCUAAUGCUGCUACUCGUGAUCAGUACACUCCUCUUCAUAUUGCUGCAAAGGAGGGUCAAGAAGAAGUGGCAGCUAUCCUGCUCGACCACAAUGCUGAAAAGAAUGUACUGACGAAAAAAGGAUUUACGCCUCUCCAUCUGGCCAGCAAAUACGGAAAUGUCGAGGUAGCGAAAUUGCUACUGGAGCGUGGUACACCAGUAGACAUCGAAGGAAAAAAUCAAGUCACUCCUCUGCACGUGGCCGCUCAUUAUAACAACGACAAGGUCGCGAUGCUUCUACUCGAACACGGAGCAUCAGCCAAGGCAGCGGCAAAAAAUGGUUACACGCCACUGCACAUCGCGGCUAAGAAGAACCAAAUGGAAAUCGCCGGGACACUGUUACAGUAUCAUGCUGAUCCAAACGCGAAAUCAAGAGCUGGCUUCACGCCUCUGCAUUUGGCUGCUCAGGAAGGUCAUCGCGAAAUGUCUGCUCUUCUUAUUGAGAAUGGAUCGGACGUUGGUGCCAAGGCUAACAACGGUCUGACAGCCAUGCAUUUGUGCGCCCAAGAGGAUCGCGUUCCUGUUGCUGAAGAAUUGGUGAAACACAACGCCGAUGUGAACAGUCAGACGAAUGCCGGCUACACACCACUUCAUGUUGCUUGCCACUUUGGGCAGUUGAACAUGGUCCGUUUCCUUGUUGAACACGGUGCAAAUGUUGGCGAAACUACUCAUGCGAGCUACACACCAUUACAUCAAGCUGCACAACAAGGUCACAAUCACUGUGUGCGCUAUCUACUUGAGCACGGUGCAUCGCCGAAUGCCCAAACAACGAACGGACAAACACCGCUGUCGAUUGCCCAACGGCUAGGCUAUGUUUCUGUCGUGGAAACAUUGAAAACAGUGACGGAAACGACAGUCAUCACCGAAACAACAACUGUAGCCGAUGACCGUUACAAGCCACAGAAUCCUGAGGCGAUGAAUGAAACAAUGUUCUCGGAAAGCGAAGACGAAGGUGCCGCUGCAGAACAUGAAGCCGCCACUGCUCACGUAAAGGACUUCUCCGACACGCUUACACAAGGCUUGGCCGAUUCGACGGGAGUGCACAUGAUUCACACCGGCGAACAGCUAUUGUCGAAGAGCGCUGAGUUCGAUGGAAGCACCCCGAGAAUAGCGACCGUAGCAACGGUCGAUGGACCCGACAAGUUAGAUGAACUUAUCCGAAAGGCACAGGCUCAACCAAUGCAUACCGCGGUCAACGACACUUCUGUUUUGGAUCGCUCAUUCACUGCCAAUGACAAUGUACCCAUUGGGCAUAAUGUGGCCCAACCCAGCUUCUUGAUCUCAUUUCUGGUAGAUGCUCGAGGUGGAGCUAUGCGUGGAUGCCGCCAUUCUGGUGUGCGAAUUAUUAUUCCACCACGCAAAGCCAGCCAACCAAUUCGGGUCACGUGCCGCUAUCUCAGAAAGGAUAAGCUAGCCCAUCCACCGCCUCUCAGUGAAGGCGAGGAACUGGCUUCGAGAAUACUUGAGAUGGCACCAGCUGGUGCCAAGUUCCUCGGACCAGUCAUCCUAGAAGUUCCACAUUUCGCAUCUCUUCGGGAUCGCGAACGUGAAAUAGUCAUCCUGCGUUCUGAUGACGGCCAACACUGGAAGGAGCACCAGCUCGAAGCUACAGAAGACGCAGUACAGGAGGUGCUCAACGAGUCGUUUGACGCGGAAGAAUUGGCUCAGCUUGAUGAUCUCCAUACUCCAAGAAUCACCCGUAUACUCACGAAUGAUUUCCCUAUGUACUUUGCUGUAGUUACACGAGUUAGACAAGAGGUUCACUGCGUUGGACCAGAAGGAGGUGUGAUCAUGUCAUCGGUGGUGCCUAGAGUACAGGCAAUCUUCCCAGAUGGGUCGUUGACGAAGACGAUCAAGGUAUCAGUACAAGCACAACCUGUUCCGCAAGAUAUGGUCACCCGGCUUCAUGGUAACCGUGUGGCGGUCUCACCGAUUGUGACUGUCGAACCACGUCGCAGGAAAUUCCACAAACCUAUCACACUCUGUAUCCCCCUCCCACAAAGCAGCAACAAGGGAAUGCUAACACAGUAUUCCGGACAGCCUGGUCAAGAGCCGCCAACUCUUCGUCUUCUCUGCUCAAUCACUGGAGGCUCGGCUCCUGCACAAUGGGAGGACAUUACUGGUACAACCCAGCUUACAUUCACUGGGGAUGAGGUCUCGUUCACCACAACAGUGUCGGCUCGAUUCUGGCUGAUGGACUGUCAGACUCCUCGAGAUGCUGCAAGAAUGGCUCAAGAGGUCUACAACGAAGCCAUUUGUAUUCCAUACAUGGCGAAAUUUGCUGUGUUUGCUAGAAGAACAUUCCCUGUUGAGGGUCAACUGAGAGUGUUCUGCAUGACUGAUGACAAAGAGGACAAGACUCUCGAGAAACAAGAACAUUUCAAGCUAAUAGCAAAGUCACGUGAUGUUGAGGUGCUAAAGGGCAAACACCAGUUCCUUGAAUUCGCUGGAAAUCUUGUACCAGUGACGAAGAGUGGUGAUCAGCUGAGUCUGUAUUUCCUGCCCUUCCAGGAGAAUCGCCUUGCGUUCAUGGUCAAGACUCGCAAUAAGGAUGAUACAGAGGCAUCUACCGAAGGAAGAAUAGCCUUUAUGUCUGAACCUAAGAUCCGUUCUGAAUCGCUACCUCCUCAGCAACCAAUUUGUACUCUUGCCAUUUCCUUACCAGAAUACACCGGUGAGACCCCGAAAAUUGUGGUGAAGAAGGAUACAACGCCAUUCGAAGUGAAAUAUCGUGGCGUACUGGAUAAAGAGUUGCCCGACUAUGUGCACACCAAUGUAAUAAAAGGCGUUGGCGCAGACUGGCAGCGAUUAGCACGCGCCCUCGAACUUCCACAUAGAGAUAUUCAAUAUAUUCGUCAGCAUUAUCCGGGCAAGGAAAUUACGAACGUGCUAAAGAUAUGGAUUCAUUUGAAGAAAGAAGAAGCCAGCCCUGAGCGCUUAGAUAAUGCGUUACGUCGUAUUGGACGUGAUGAUAUUGUCCGCAGUAUCGCGCACGGCGAACCAGACUCACUCAGUUAUGGAAACGGAAGCGACUCACCAGCCAGCAAACGAUUCGAUCCACCAAAAUAUGUCGAUCUGCCACCCACCAUCAUCCAAAGGACGUUUGACGCACCAGCAGCUGUUAGCCGGCACACAAUUCAACAUGAGGAGGCUAUGAUAGAGCAUCCAGCUAAAGAGGUGAUUUCUACCGGUUCUGCUGGUUACGAAUACACUCCAAAACUUCCGACUGCGGCACAUGUGGAGACGUUAGUUGAGGAACCGGAAAGGGCUAAGGCCACGAUUCCAGAAGAAGAAGAAACCGUCUCAGAAGUUCGAACAGUUGUUCGGACUGAACGCCAUGUGCAUGACACCGAGGAUGGUCCCGUAGUGGAAGAACGAACAAUUACCACCACAUAUGAGGAUGAUGUAGCGGUAAACGAGCACAUUGUGGACCGAACCGUGCCACUCAACGAAGAGGAGCACAGAAAAUGGGAGGAACUGAAUCGCCUAGCUGGUCAUAAAGCUUACAUUAACGAAGGACAAGAGGAGCCGUUACCGGAAGGAAUGGCGCAGGAAGUUGAUACGGAAAAGUAUACGGAACCCGAUGGCACAGUAGUUACCACGACUACGAUCACCAGCCAUUACACUUCGCAGUCGCCCGCCCCUAUCUCUGAGGAGGACGAAGAGGACGAGGACGCCGUGCAAGUCGGGUUUUUCCAUCCUGCAAGUGUCGCACCGCUUCUGGAAGCUGAAGAAUCGGAAGAAGGAGUGCCUAUUCCUGUAACCAUUGAAACUGAGCCUGCGGGAACAGCCGAGCAAGAGGUCGGUGACGCUGAACGUGUACUUUCUAAACUCCUACUAUCACUUCGCGGGCUGAAAAUGGCAGCGCCAGAUCGCUAUAGUGCUGCUGUCAGUCGACUGAGAGAUUUGGAAGAAGAACUAAGGACGGCCGGAGCAGUAACGCCUGCGGAUCCACAAGUCGCCGACGCUGUUGCUAGAGCACUCGCCGCUGCAGGAACUGAACGUGAUCUACAAAUCAGAGUGAACCAGAGCAGGCAUACAACUACGACGAAGACGGUGUAUGAGACGGAAACGCCUGGCAUGGUUGGAUUGGAGCCAGAUAAGAUUCGUGAACUUCAUCAGCAGAUGCUGAGCAGCCUAACAUCUGGUGCACCGGACGCAACUCCUGAAUCCGGAACGACACAGAAGAAAGAAACAGCUGAGGAAGGGUUUACAAAUGAAGAUGGCUCGGUAGUUGUCUCGAAAAAGAUGACUCGCGUGGUCACAACAACUAAGACUACUCUUCCUGGUGAAGGCGAACAAGCUCCUGAGUCACCAACAGCCACGUACGGCUCGGUGCGUGAAAGGAUAGCACGAUUUGAAUCACUGCAAGAUGGACAAGUAAAGAAGACGUCACCCGAGAGACUAUCAGUCGAUAUCGUCGUUACACCGGGGACUCCGGUACCCGAAUUGGAAUCAGAUCAUGAAGAUAUCACCCAAGAGCCUCUCAGUCCCUCCAUAGAAUCGGAGGUAUCUCAGGCUGAGGUGAAAAGUUCACCUUCAUAUAACGGUGAAGAUUUUAUGACAAGAUCGCAAGAAGAAACACAGCAACAACAGAAAAAAGCAGUCGAGGAGGCAGAUAGGAAACCUCCAGACGAUAAAACAACUAUCGCAAAGGGAAUAGUAACAGUUUUCGAUGAGCAGCCCAGAACGUUCAUUGAAAGAACUAUAGAAGAAAUAGUCCAGCUAGAGGAACGAUCCGAAUCUCCUCAAGAUAUUUUGGAAGGAGGGCGCCUAGAGGAACAGACAAAGCCUAGUGAAGAGCAACUUGUUGCGCUUCCGCAGGAACAGGUAGCACCCGAAACCAAAAAAUUUGACGAAAAUCUAUAUGAUGAAGGAACACCGAUGUCAGCGGAAUAUACCCCUCCAGUAGACAUGACUAGAACGAAGGAGGAAAUAGCUGAUCUAUCCUUGGAAGAUCAAGAAUAUCGUACUGUUAAGAAAACGGUUACCACAAUCACCACUACCCGCUAUAUGGAACUACCGGAUGCUGCAACGGCAGAAGAAGAGGAAGUGAAGUCUACGGAGCCGCCAUCAAAAUACGAACAACCUUACGAAAUCGCGGAGGAAAUUCCUGCUGUGACAAAGACAGUCACUACGGUCACCACAACACGAUUAAUAGAAAUACCAGAGAUGACUCGCACGGAACCAGCAGAAUCUCCUGUUGCAGCAUUGGAGGGUGAGGAAUAUCCGAUCGUAACAGAAACCGUCACGACGACUACUCGAUACGAGAUGGAGAGUCCUGAAGAGUUCGAGAAACGAAUAGAGGAAGAACCUCGCAAGCCAGCAGAAUCUCCUGUUGCAGCACCGGAGGGUGAAGAGUAUCCGAUCGUAACAGAAACCGUCACGACGACUACUCGAUACGAGAUGGAGAGUCCUGAAGAGUUCGAGAAACGAAUAGAGGAAGAACCUCGCAAGCCAGCAGAAUCUCCUGUUGCAGCACCGGAGGGUGAGGAGUAUCCGAUCGAAGAACCUCCCAAACCAGCAGAAUCUCCUGUUGCAGCACUGGAGGGUGAGGAAUAUCCAAUCGUUACGGAAACGAUCACCACCACCACUCGAUACGAAAUGGAGCGUCCUGAAGAAUACGAGAAGCGAAUGGAGGAAGAACCUCCCAAACCAGCAGAAUCUCCAAUCACUGCCGCUGAACCACCGGAGGGUGAGGAAUAUCCAGUCGUUACGGAAACGAUCACCACUACCACUCGAUACGAAAUGGAGCGUCCUGAAGAAUACGAGAAGAGUUCGAAACCGAAAUAUGAGGAAGAACCUCGCAAUGCCCAGAAUCCUCCAAUCAGAUGCCGAACGGAAGGUAUCCAGUUCGUAACAGAGACCGUCACCCCCCCCUCGAACGAGAUGGAGACGUUCCAAGUAAGAAUACGAGAAGCGCAUGGAGGAAGAAUCCUCGCAACCAGCAGAAUCUCGCUGUUGCCACUGGAGGGUGAGAAGUAUGCCAAUCGUUACGGAAACGAUCACCACUACCGCUCGGAUCGGAAGCAUGAGCGUCCUGAGAAUACGAGCGCACUGGAGGAAGAACCUCCCCACCAGCAGAAUCUCCUGUUGCAGCACUGG